GUAUGCCUAGCCGAAAGAAGGUGGCCAGUCCUUCGCCCUGCGGGCAUUCCCGAGUGCCCCUCCGGGCAGACCCGAGAGGCUGACUCGGCACGUUCAAGAUCCUCGUAGCCAGCCUUUGCCUGGCCGGCAUUCCUGGGUGUCAUAUUCUCGUCACACAUGGACAUGAUGGCAGCAAUCUCGAAGGCCUCGUCGGGGCAAGGACCAAGCGAUGCGCCACAAGGGAGGUCUCGGAGCGGGAGACAACGGCGGGGAAGGUAGCCAUUGCGGUCGCGGAUAAGGCAGAGCAUGCUGCGGCGUCGCGCUCGAGAGCGGCUCUUGAUCUACAGUGCCCAGGGAGAGACGAGGCAGGCAUGCGCCCAGUCCUAAAGUGACCGUUUUGACUUUUUUUUCUUCGACUAUUCAAUGCCACGUAUAGAAUGCCACCGGUGGAAACCGCUAAACAUGGGCUAAGGGGGUGAUUUAUCUGGUAUUUGAUAGUACAGGGGGCUAAGAUCCUAGCUUUAGAGUUGGGGGCUGAUUGAAACGUGAAAGUUUAGGGGGCUACAUAGAAUUGUUUCGAUCAUUGCUGUACUGAUAGCAAUAUCUGCCAGCAGAGGAAUUUCUUUCGGCUAGAAGCACUUCUGCCGUGUGUCAAGGGGUACUGCUUGAAAACUCUAGUGUAUGGUCAUUGUCACCUCUGGAAAAUAUGAACCCUUACUGUUAAUAGAGAAUAUACGAGUGGACCAGAAGCGUCUAAGUCUUCUGUUCCAACUCCAGCUACGUUUUGGUCAGAGUCAUGCUAUACCAAACUACCAAUAACUAUGUUUUUCUCUCGAGGAAUAUUUCACCAUCUCUGGGGUAAAUGAACUAUAAAGUAGAUAGGGCAGGGAGAGAAAAAAAAAAUCUUCAUUUCCAUACGGCGGAUAGUAUCGCUCACCGCCUCAGGAAAAACAAGUAGUAUCCUGUAAUCUUCCCUAGAAGCAGGAGAUCGUUCUGCAAAGCUACCAUGGCGAACCCUGGUGGACAUUGUUGCUCCAUUGCUUUGCAAGCAUUUACUAUCUUAUCUGUGCUUGCAGCUGUAGUUGCAGAUGUCCAAGGAGGAGAUGGAUGCCCACGUUUCUCCUGCGGACAUCUCAAGAACUUAUCGGAUCCAUUCCGCCAGCAUGGUGAUCCACGUGAGUGCGGUUCUCCAUACUUUGAGCUGGUGUGCAGCAACAGCCAGGCCACAAUUCGAAUUGGGAGUGCAACGUACUAUGUGGUUGGCAUCAACUAUGCUGACUGGUCUGGCAUCAACCAUAGUGUCCCGUCGUCCUUAUGGCUCACGGACACUAGCUUCAAUACAAACAGCAGCUGCCCUCUUCCUGCUAGCUACUCUUACCCGGACGGAAUAGAUGAUAGAUCAGAUGACCAUUACUAUUUGAGAGCUGAAGGUCGUUGGGCAUGCUUUGCUAAUUGUUCGCGAGCAGUAGUGAAUAACAGUCGAUACAAGCCCGCUCCUUGCCUGAGUGCGAAAAAUUCAUUUGUUUAUGUCUGGGCUGACCGUAAUUAUUGUGAUAUUCAAUCUCUUGAGCGUUCCUGUGGAUACUUGGCCGCGUCACCCUUUGAUGGUUCAUCAAUCCCAGACAAACAGUUACCAAAUGCAAGUUACGCAGAUAUCAUGCACUUCAUAAGCAAGGGAUUUCAUGUUGCUGUUGGUCGUGGUAGUUGGGUUGAGAGCCUUUCUACAGUCAUCAAAGGUUGCCUGAACAAUUCAACAAGUGACUUCAGGAAGCAAGCAUCUCCUGCAAAUAGAAUGAAUCAGAUUCGUGCUUUUUUCUGGAGUGUGAUACCGUUCUUAAAAUGCUUAGAAGGUUCUCUUUCAAUAGGAGUUUAUGUAAGAUACCCGCGUCUCAUGUAUGAAAGAUACCCGCGUCUCAUGUAUGUGGUUGUGGGUAUUAGCACCAUAAUAUCUGCUCUUGAUAUCGCCAAAUUCCUUUUUGUACUAUGCAGGUUCGUGCUGGCACCCUUGGCAGUAUUGAUCUUCCUUGCAUACAAGUUCUGGAAAACAAGGAUCACAAUUGAUGCCGUUGAGAAGUUCCUCCGGAUGCAACAAAUGAUCGGCCCGAUGAGGUACACCUACACAGACAUCAUUGCAGUCACCAGCCAUUUCAAAGACAAGCUGGGCCAAGGUGGCUAUGGAUCUGUAUACAAGGGUGUGCUACUCCCUGGCGAUUUCCAUAUCGCUGUCAAAAUGCUAGAGAGUAACUCCAACUGCCAUGGAGAAGAUUUCAUGAGUGAAGUUUCAACCAUUGGCAGGAUCCACCAUGUCAAUGUGGUGCGUCUGGUCGGGUUCUGCUCAGAGGAGAUGAGGAGGGCCCUUGUCUAUGAGUACAUGCCUCAAGGUUCUCUGGAUAAGUACAUCUUCUCAGCUGAGAAGAGUUUCUCCUGGGACAAGCUCAUCGAGAUUGCUUUGGGCAUUGCCCGAGGGAUCAACUACCUGCAUCAGGGGUGUGAGAUGCAGAUUCUACACUUUGACAUCAAGCCUCACAACAUCCUUCUUGAUAGCAAUUUUGUCCCAAAAGUAGCUGAUUUUGGUCUCGCCAAGCUGUACCCAAGGGAUAAGAGUUUUGUGCCAUCGAGAGCCCUACGGGGAACUGUUGGGUACAUAGCUCCUGAGAUGAUAUCACGGAGCUUUGGUGUCAUAUCGAGCAAGUCUGACGUUUACAGCUUCGGAAUGCUGCUGCUGGAGAUGGCUGGAGGAAGAAGGAACGCCGAUCCAAAUGCACCAAACUCAAGCCAAGCGUACUACCCAUCAUGGGUGUAUGACAGACUAACUGAACAAGAAGUGUGUGAGAUAUCUCCCGUUGCUGACAUGCACGAGUUGGAGAGGAAGCUGUGCAUCGUUGGACUAUGGUGCAUCCAGAUGAAGUCGCAUGACAGGCCGGCAAUGAGCGAGGUCAUAGAGAUGCUGGAAGGUGGCUUCGAUGGCCUGCAAAUGCCUUCCAGGCCAUUCUUCUGCGACGAUGAACACACCGCCGUCCCAGAUUCUUACCCUUUGUUAUCCGAGCUGACUGAGAUCUCAGAGGAGGAUGAGAUCUCGGAUUCUUAUGUUUCCCGAAUCCUGUGAACUUUUAUGUGGAAACGUGUAAUAAAAGCUAGAUGUUACAUGUAGAACUCCAGCUGCUUAAUUAGUAGAAUGUAAUCAUCGUUCUGGAAGACACAUAAUAUUUAAAUAUAUGAAUAUCAGCUUGUGAAAGCUAAAGUGUUAUUCACGCUUGCUGUUAAAACAUUAUUAGCAUGAAUACAUGGUUGAAAGAUUGUAUUAUAUAUGGCGAUUCAGGUGGAGACAAAACAAAACAUGAUGUAAGAAAUGCAGAGAACUCCAUUUUCUACAGUUGCUGCUGAUGUUC